CAAGUCGCUUUCCUCAACGCGUUACGCGCCAAAGGCAGCGAGCACGUGACCGCGUAGGUGGCGCCGGGGCCUGGGGAGAGGUUGAAAGAGCCUUUGCGCACGUUCUAAAAUGGCGGCCUGGACCCGGCGGUGCAUUAAGUGUCUUAAUCCUGCGGGCUGUCACCUGGAUUUACCUCUGUGUCCUACAUGUGAGGAAUUGGAGGAAGAGGUGAUUGACAUAGAAGCCAUUGACUCUGAUAGUGACGAAGACCUUUUGAUGGAUGGAAUGUCAACUUUUGAAAAGACAGAUGAGGAACAAAUGGAUAUGUCGCAAAAUGGUACUGACAUGGAUCUACCUCCAAGCGAAAACAAACAUUUAAUGGAGCAAUCGGAUCAGAGCAGUUCAGUUUCUGUUGAUAACCAGGAUAACAUCUGUGAAAGAAUCGAUGAAGCAUUGGUCAUAGCAAAGGAUUCUUUUCAGUGCAUAGAUGAGGCUUUAAAGACUUUAAAACAUUUGGAAGAGAACAAUAGACAAGUUAAAAGAAAUAUUUGUGAUGCUGUUGUUAAGGAAUUUGAAAAGAUAUCGCAUGCUCUCCAGAAAAGGAAGGCGUUCCUAAUUGCUGAGAUAAAGGCAUGUUCUGCAGUGUACAGUACAGAAAUACAUAAAACAAUUCAAGAAAUCGAGGAGAAGAGGAGUUGUUUGGAACCAGGAUUCAAAUUUGCUGGCGGAUUAAAACAAUUUCCAUUGAUGGGCACAUACUGUGAUUUUAAGCAGCUACUGGGAGACUUGAAAGUCAACUUGGAAUAUGAAAACUUUGUGCACCAAUAUAAGUCUGAUAUAAGAUUUACUUUUGAGGUUGAAAAUAUAUUUCAGAUAAUUGACCAAACUGGAAAAAUCUGUAGUUCUAAAUCACCAAAAUUUCAAAUUGGAGAGAAAAGCGAUUCAGAUUCAUUAAGUUAUGAGUCCUUAGACAUUCAAAAAGUGCAAAAAAAACACGAUGUGAAAACACGCGGACAACGACGACACUGCAUAAAACAAGAACUACAUCCUGAAUAUAAAAGCCACCAAGAGGAUUACAAUUGGUUGCAAAAACCUUCCUCCCCAAUGCCCUCGGAUAACGAAGAGAAAUCACUGUCUAGCCCUGAUGUUAUCAUAGAAGAGAUUAUCAACGAAGAUUACACCUGUACUCCAGAAGUCCAUAAACCUACUGCCAUUACUCCUCUUCAAAGCAUUGAGAAAAUUUGGCAAUUCAAACCAGGAACGGACAUUGAUGGUCAGCGGAAGAACAAAAACCGGAAACCCCCGAAAAAAAAGAUAAAUAGCUGUUCACCUUUUGUACAAAAAGGUUCGUCUGAACUUGUAAACCUUGUUUAUGUAGUAAAUCCUUGCCACUUUUAUGUCCGACGAUACUCUCAGACAAAGCAAGCAGUUAUUCUUGAUAAAAUACUAAAAACUUUAAGUAACAAAGACCGGGCAAACCCAACGGAUCUCUUAGUGCUGGGAGAAAUUAUUGCUAUAAAUAGCACUAAACACGAAUUAUGGUGCCGUGGCGAGAUCAUCGCAUUAAUUCCGUUGGAAAAUAAAUACAAAGGAAAACCUUGUGGACCAACACAGUACAAAAUUGAGGAUGUUCUUCUGUUGAAAGUUUUUUUGCUAGACUAUGGAAGCACUGAAGUUUUUUCUUCAGUAAGAUACGUUGGAAACAAGUUCUCAAGAACAGAAGAUUGUCCAUCUCAGUACACCAUAUUUAAAAAUUUGUGUGACGUUGUAAGAAAGUUGAAUUUGGCAUCAGAGGUCCAGUUGAGAUCAGUGCCUCCCCUUGCUAUCCAGUGCGCUAUAGUGGAUAUUGUUCCUGCUAAUCCGGAUGGCCGUUGGACAGCAAAAUGCAAAGAAGAAUUUUUAACAUUGGUGAACAAUAAGUGUCUUGAAAUGAAAGUCUUUAAGGAAGAAGAUAAUAAGUUGUUUGUUGAUCUGAGGAAACCGUCCUCAUUUAAAAGCAGUAGUAAUAUGCCUGCCUCCAUUCGAGAUGCCCUAGUUUUUCUGGAUUUAGCAAGGUUUCGCCUUUCAGGGGCUGCUCCAGAGAAGAGUAUUUUACCAAGGAGCUUUAUCCCACCAGUAGUGCUUGAGCACAGGACCAACUUUACAGUUGCCGUUUCUCAUAUAAACGACCCGUCUGACUUCUACAUCCAAGUGGUGGACAACGCAGAGUAUAUACCAUUCUCGAGAAAAAUACAAACCAUUUAUAACUCUGAAGAAUCGGAUGAUCUAAAAAUCAAACGACCAGUUUUUGGGCAAGUCUGCAUGAAGAAGUACACAGAUGGUAGUUGGUACAGAGCUCUAGUUGUUGGUUUUUCAGGUCAAGAAGAAGUUAUAAUAAAAUAUGUAGACUUUGGCAAUACUGACACAGUUCAUGUGAACACAUUAAGAGACCUGAAAGAUGAAUUCUUAGACAUGCCAUGUAAGGCUAUAUGCUGCAGACUUGCUUUUAUUGAGCCAUGUAAUAAUGCACAUCGGUGGAGUCCAGAAGCAUGUGGAUUUUUUAUAAAGGUGGCUGAACAUAAAUUUCUCAAUUGCAAUUCCUUAGGUGUUUUACUGGAUAACAAGCUAUCUGUUGAAUUGUUUGAAUCUGGUUUGGAAAGUAUCAGCAUCAACACAAAGAUGAUUGAAUUAAAAUACGCUUCCUUAAUGCCUGGUUCCCCAGGCCUAAACAAUCAAUGGUCGACAAAGACAGAAGUGUGGGACACACCAGCUAUUUUAUCUGUAAAUCAUAUGGAAUGUCAAGAAAAGCCAUUGCUCCAGGGGAAAGCACUGGAUGUGCGUGUCUGCCAUGUAGAAUCUCCUGACAGAAUAUGUAUACAGUGGUUAUCUACAGAGAACUACAUCAAUGGAUUGCAUUCCAAAAUGUCUGAAAAAUACGAAACCUCUAAUCCUGAAACUGUCCAGUGGACGGCUGGAAUGUAUGUUGCUGUUCAGCUUCCAGUCGUUAAGCAGUGGCGGAGAGGACUAAUCCAAAAUAUUGUGUCUGAUCGACUAGUAGAGGUAUUUUACUUUGAUUUUGGAAUGAAGGCUGUGGUAGAUGUAAUCAACAUAAGAACACUUGAGGACAGUAUGUUAAAACUGAAUAAAAUGUGUCUGGAAUGUUCUUUGAUGGAUAUAAAGCCAGCUGGAGGAAGCGAAAACUGGACUGCAACAGCUUGUGAUGUUCUCUCAUAUUACCUUACUGGCGCUGUGGCAAAAAUAGCAAUUGAGGAGAAAACAAAACAGUGGCCACUGCCUGUAAAGAUCUGGAUAAAAGAUGAAGCAAGCCAGGAAGCUGAUGUUUCUGACUUCCUUAUAAAACAGGGUUUAGCACUGAAAAUACGAAGAUCAGACGAACCUGAGACUGUGGGCAAAGUCAGUGAAAAGUCAACUUCCAUUACAGAUGUUCAUGAAUUGAUAAAAGUAACAUUACAAUGUGACAAUAUAGCUUCUGAGACAAGAAAUGCAAGUGAGCACCUGGAAUCUGAUGAAGCAGUGUCUGAACAAAACCUAAUUGAGCCCUACUUGCCUCCUCGUAUUCCUGAUUCAGUAUUCAGUGCAAAAGUCAGCUGUAUAGACAAUGGCAUUAUAUAUGUGAUUCCAGAAUCAUUAGAAACAGAUCUUGAAAAUAUUAUGAAUGACCUUCACAAGUCCUUCAAAUGUUUUGGUAUUAUGGGACAAUAUAGCUGGAAGGAAGGAGAAGGGUGUCUCAUUAAAGGAUCAGAUGCUAGGCCAUACAGAGGAAAAGUUCUUAAAAUUCUUGGUGGCGAAAUGAUAUUGGUUCAAUAUGUGGAUUACGGAUGUAUUGAAAAAAUCCUUUUGUGCCAUACUUCUGCCAUUGUCUUCAAUCCCGAUGUUCCACUUUUUUGCAUACCUUGUCAGCUACAUAAAACACUUCCCGUUGGUAACAAGUGGCAGCCAGACGCAAUAGAACUUCUUAAAGAGCUACUUCUGGAUAGAAAUGUCAAAGUUCAUGUUGCGGAGCCCCCCACAGUACCUGGAGGUGUUGCAUCUGUUGAUAUCUAUUGCAACAGUGCAUCUGUGUCUCGUAUUCUGGAGCAGUAUUCCCACUGUGUUCCAGAAGAUUCUGACAAAAGAUCAAAAUUUGAAAGAAGCUAUGAGUCCAAACAUUGUCUAAUGAAAAACCAAGGAAAUCAGUACUGUGAGGCAAAUAUGUUCCGAAAGUCAGAUCUGGAUAAGGUUUUUGAUCUAAGUUUUGAGAACUUACUUUCACCUGAUCUGGAAACACCAGUUUUGCCCAGAUAUACUGUACCAUCACUGCCUGCUCCAGGAGAGCAUUUCCUUGUUAAAGUUCGGCACAUACAGACACCGAAUAAAGUAUAUAUCAGCAGGAACUUAACAAAUAACCUCCUGUGUGAUCUAGAUGAGAAUACACUGUGCUGUGACCCUGAUGAGGAUUCUCUAACGUCAAAGAUUAUAUGGAUCAACAAACAUGCCGAUAAACUGUUACGCUUGACUAAUUUUAGAUCAGAAAUGCCGUGUCUUGCUGAAUACAGUGAUGGAAAAAUAUACAGAGCCAAGUUGCUGUCUGUUUCAAGCUAUGACCCUCCAAAGUUUUUUGUGGACUUUGUAGACUAUGGAUCAGCAAAAUCAGUAGCAACAGAAAGCUUGUUCCAGCUGCCUGCUGAGCUAAUCCACUAUCCUGUAGAAGCAGUAAAAGUCCACCUGGCUGGAAUUAAGCCCCCCAUCGAAGACUUCGAAGCAGAGAGGCUUCCUUACUGCCCAGAAUGGAGUUUCAGAGCCGUCAGAGCUUGCAUGGAUAUACUUGAAAAAGAUACUUUUAUGGCUUUACGUACGGGGUCCUCCUCAGAGCUUUCUGUAUAUUUGUAUGAGGAAAGUGGAAACGAGCAUGUUUACAAGGCACUAGUGGAAGAGGGCUUAGUUGAAUUUGAUGAAUGAUAUGCUGCCAGCUCAUUAUGUACUGUGGAGAGAACGUACAUUUUAGUUCAUUAAGAAAACACGUUUUGGCUUUGGUUGUAAAUAUACAGUACAAUUGGCAUUUAGCGGAUAUGCACCAGUAAGGUUUGUUUUGUUGAAUGUUAUUCUGUUAUCUCAGUAUCACAAUAAAGCAUUGAUAGCAUAAA